AUGGCUUCCUGGAAGGAGAUCGAGGUAGAUAUGAUGUCGAAAGUUCACCGUGAGACUCUUUCUUCGGAUAGUCAUGAUAGUGGCUGCGGGUCUUUGUGCUUGGGUGGUAAGAAAGAGACUUCUAUCCAUCAUAUCAACCCAGAGAUUGAGAGUCCUUAUACUCGGCCGCUGCUCUGGUCUCGUGUCAGGGACUACGGUCGUGAUGCGUUCUCGGAGUUCUUUGGAACGUUGAUGCUCACCUUGUUCGGUGAUGGAGUUGUAGCGCAGGUGCUGCUCAGCCAUGGCCAGAAGGGCGACUAUCAAUCUAUCUCUUGGGGAUGGGGCCUCGGCGUCAUGUUGGGAGUAUAUGCCAGCGGCGCAUCCGGCAGCCACAUCAACCCAGCGGUAACAUUCACAAACUGCAUCUUCCGCGGCUUCCCCUGGCGCAAAUUACCAAUCUACGUCCUAGCCCAAAUCCUCGGCGCGAUGUGCGGUUCAGCAAUUGUAUACGGAAACUAUAAAUCCGCCAUCGACGCCUACGAAGGUGGACCCCAUAUCCGUACUGUACCAGGCUACUCGACUACAGCAACAGCCGGCAUCUUCUGUACAUACCCUGCAGAAUUCAUGACAAAGACAGGCCAAUUCUUCUCCGAGUUCCUCGCCAGCGCGAUAUUGAUGUUCAUGAUCUUCGCUCUGAAAGAUGAGGGAAACCUAGGCGCUGGAACAUCAAUUCCUCUUGCUCUAUUCUUCGUUGUUUUUGGCAUCGGUGCUUGUUUCGGGUGGGAGACUGGGUAUGCGAUUAACCUGGCGAGGGACUUUGGCCCUAGGUUGGUGUCCUAUAUGCUUGGGUAUGGACAUGAGGUGUGGGCAGCAGGUGACUAUUACUUUUGGGUCCCAAUGGUUGCACCAAUACUCGGCUGCACCUUCGGGGGUUGGAUCUACGAUCUAUUUUUGUAUAGAGGGACUGAUAGUCCAAUCAAUACACCCUGGAUGGGACUCAAACGACUGUUUUUGUUUGGGUCUCUUAAGCAAAGGCGAGUCGCACUGCAGAGUCCGGUCUGA